AUGGUUGGAGCUGCCCCGUCUCUCUCUCUGCGAGUCAGCGGAAUAAAACGCGCUCUACACUUUUCACCAAUUUUCUUUACACGAAACUCCUUCCUUCUAAGACGUUUUUUGUUGUUGUUUAAAAAAAAUAUUUUUCCUUCUCCCUCUUUACGCAAAUUGAAGUUCUUUUUUUCGAAAAGAAGGAUACCGGGAGUUUUACGCAUUACAUCGAGCCAGUCGAAGGAAGGGUAUCAUAUCAGCUUCAUUUGCUGUCUUUUCUCACAAAUAAAACAGAGUUCUCCGCUGGGGAAUUACAACCACUUCGUUUAGGACUUUAAAUAGGCAGAAAGGAUUUUCCUUCAGUCGUAAUUAGCGUGCCUCGCCACCCUCGUCUCGAGCGCGCGUACUCUCCAUAUGGCGUAAAACGUGCCUCGCGCAGGAUAAAGUCAUCAGAACUGGCACUUUGAAAUAUUUCAGUCUCACUUGGCGAACCACAGAAGCCUAACGACCAUCGUCGUCUCCGUUAAUAAGGAGCUUGGAUGUCAGCAAAUAGUACUGCCGCUUGGGAGUGGAACCGUCUCCUGUCAUCUUCAUUUUCUCCAGCAUGGCAUCUCACUGGAAGUAGCCUUCAAAGUGGAAGAUGGCUUUUUACUGUCCCUAGGUUAUAGCCUAAUCCCUCCGCAUGCCUAAUGGCACACUGACGGUGAAAACUCGGCUUUUGUAAAAAGGUGAAGAAUGACUGCAGCGGCAGGUGUGCUAACAGGCUUAGCCAAGCUAAAGCGCCAAGACUCUGCUCGCUCUCAGCAUCGGCCCGUACCACCGACAUCGCCGGGCCUGGGACACGCCGCCCCCGAGGCCGCUCCUAGGAAGAGGAAGAGGCGCACCGAUGUCGUAGUGGUGCGAGGUAGACUCCGUCUCUACUCCGCAUCUGGGUUUUUCCUCCUUCUGGGACUAAUCAUCUUGGCCAUAGGGAUUGGCAUGGCGACGCUAGGUUACUGGCCUCACAGUAAAGCCAUGCUCGCUGGAGGAGGAACUGGAGUCAAGACAGAAAAGGAUGCAGCCAAUGCGAGCCACAAUGGGCAAGGUACGCCUUCCAAGGAGACUGAGAGCGCUCUGAUGCGAUUCCUAGAACAGCAUCUUCACUCUGAGAGGAUGAAGAUGCUUGGGCCCUUCACCAUGGGCAUUGGGAUUUUUAUUUUCAUCUGUGCUAAUGCAAUACUUCAUGAAAACAGAGACAGGGAAACCAAGAUCAUCCAUAUGAGAGACAUGUACUCCACAGUCAUCGAUAUCCACCGCCUCAGGCAGAAAGAGCAAAAGCAACACCAACACCGGAACAGCACCUGUGUGAGAGAAGUCGGAGAUCUUCGAGCCUUCGGCUGCGAUACUGCCGCACGGUUAGCCAGCAACUCUCUCCUAGCCUUCUCUCGUGCUGGAAGCAUUGCCGGAGGAGGGAGAGGUUCUACAGAAGAGGAGGAGGUGUUGUUAGGGGAUGAGGAGUAUCACAGACAUAGAGAACAGGCUAAGAUGGAUUGUAACUUUGCAGGGCUAUUGGCACCCCUCUAUAAGGAUCGUCCAUUUUGUGGCCCCGGGGUCGGGCUGGUUCAUUCGGAUUCCAUGCGUCACCAGUGGUCAGUGGAUAGAGAUGGAGAGAGGGGAGGACACCAUGCACGCUCUAUUGUCUCCUCCUCUAUCUCUGCAUUUACGCUCCCUGUUAUAAAACUCAACAACUGUGUUAUUGAUGAGCCGGAGAUGGAGGCAAUAACUGAAGAGGACAGAGGAGGAGAGAGAAGAGAAGGAGAGAGGUCGCAGCCUCUGACCUCCGUGGAGUCUCUGGUGGUUCCCGUGGCAUCUGUUGCCAAGGCCUCCAAACCACCGGGCCUACACAGGAGUAACUCCGCCUCCUCCUCAUCCCGCUGCUCCUCCUUAUCCUCGUCCUCCCUCUCCCCUGCUCCCUCCUCUACCUCAGGCUGCUGGCUUUCCCCGGGAGCAGCAAAGAGUGACUUUGGCUCCAACUCCUCUCUGCACAUGCUCAACAGCCAUUCCAAAUCUCUGGACUUGGAGCGCAGACCGAGCAUGCUUAGUGUAAACCCAGAGCAGCGGAAGCACCCCAGCUGGCCCCGACUUGACCGCAGCAACAGCAGCCGUAGUAACAGCGGCAGUCGGGGCAGCACCAAAGGCUACAAGCGGCUGGAGGACAGAGAAGAACAAGGAGAUCGGCUCUUGGAGGUGUCGCAGUCUGUGGCAGCGAGGCGCGACUACAGUAAGCGCGAGAAGCUGCUAAUGAUAUCCAGGUCGCAUAAUAACCUGAGCUUUGAGCAUGAUGAGUUUAAUAGCAGCACACUGAAGAGAGGCAGCUCUGAGACUCGGUUCUGAUCGCACUGAACUAGAGGUUGAUGACAGUUCUGUCCUGUUCUGUAAAUUGCCCUCCACACAGUAUGAAUGUACAGCUUGUGCUGGAGGAAACUGACAAGUUUAAUGGCUACACUGUGCAGAGAGGAAACUCAAGCAGUUUCAAGAAAGCCUGUUUUUAUGAGCAGCAGGUUGUAGAGUAAUGGAACAACUUGCACAGUGAAAGAGUUCAGGUCUAAUGUCAGUCAGGCACAAUGGGUCUACUGCAUUAGGGUCACAUUAGUUGAUCUACGACAGUGAUUCCUAAUCCUGGGCACAUCUGCGGUAGGUUAGCCAAGGAGUAUAUGAAAAGACUAGCUCAGCUGUUACCAUUAAAUAAAAGAAUUAGUGGACCUGAGGAACUUUAGGCAGUGAAGGGAAAACUUCGGAUAAGCAGAAAUGUUUACAAAAGAUAAAAUGGUUAAAAGUGAUUAAAAGUGGAUAACUCGCUAAGUGUAUAGCUAAUAGUUGGAACUAUUAGCCAACAGCAUGCACAAAGAAAUGAUGUUAUGAGCUAAACAGGAUGGAUAACAAGCUGAAAUACUGUACAGUAGCUAGCUAAAUUCAUAAAUGUUGUCAGUUAUUUUGCUGAUGCUACUAAAUUGUCAGCUUUCAGUAUUGAUUAAUCCAAUGAAAUAACAAGACAAAAGUAGGCUGAAAGAAUUUGAAUUGUUACCUUAACAUAAAAAUAAGAUUGCUAGCCAUAUAAAUAAAUAGGGGAAAUUGGUCAAUCGUCAGUGAAAAUACUGGAUAAAUGAUUGAAAUAGUCAUCUAAUAGUCCUGGACUAAUCAUUGAGAAAUUUGAACAUGAAGGGUUUAACCAAGAAAGAGUUUUUUCAGUCCAGAGGGAUGAACUACAAUGUGAGAUUAAUGGGUUAGCAAGCUACAGUGGCUUGCAAAAGUAUUCGGCCCCCUUGAACUUUCCCACAUUUUGUCACAUUA